AUAUAUUGACCUCGUAAGACGUAAGAAGACAUGGAAAGUUUUGAUAUAGAUUUUAACCCGAUAACAGCAAUACUUUAAGUUUUUAAUGGAAUCAGUCACUGAAACAAUCUGUGGUGUGUGUGAAACCCAGCACACAGUGAGAGAGGCAAUCUUCUGGUGUUCUGAAUGCGAUGAGGGGUUAUGUUCAUCAUGCGAAAAACACCAUCGUGCCUCCAAAGCCUCAAGAAAUCAUGAAGUUAUUUCAAUGAAUAAUUAUCAAAAACUACCACACACUAUUGCAAGCAUAAACCAAUACUGCUCAGACCAUGAGAGAAAAUAUCAGCACUACUGUUCCCGGCAUGAAAACUCUGUUGUCCGCUUUGUAUUACAAGAAAUCACAAAACAUGUGAUUUGACAGCAAUUGAAGAUAUUGUCAAAACGUCGAACACUUCAGCAUCAUUUGACAUUAUGGAACAAAGUUUAAAAGAUAUGAAGAGGAACAUGAACAAAAUAGUUGAAGACAGAACAAAGAAUUUAGGGAACAUUCAGCAACAGCGGCAAAGUUUCCAGACAGACAUACAUGAGAUACGAGAGAAAAUAAACAAGCACCUAAACAAGGUUGAAAAUGAAAUACAGCAGGAUAUCCAAGCAGCGGAACAAACCAAUCACAAAUAGAAAGACUACUGUCUAUGGUUUCCGAUCAUGAGAAAUCAGUAGAUGAGCUACAGGAGAAUGUUUCCGCUACGAAAAGUUUUGCAACUGACCUCCAAUCAUUUUUUGGAGGUAAAAUCGUUGAGGCCGAGAUCCAAAAAGAAGAGAUGUUUAUUCAGUCUUUGAUAGAAAAUGGAAGCUUACAACAAAUAAACCUACUAUGCAGAAUUGAUGACAGAUUGUCUGACAUACUCGCCAUGAAAAGGAUUGGAGAGAUAUCAGUUAUAACAAACACACCAACCAUUAAAUUGACGAUGGAUAGGGACAAACAAGCUCAACAGGUAGUUCUGACGACACCAAAAACAAUAAAUUACAUCAAUCCUACUUUAUUGAAAAAAAUUGAGAUACCAGAAGGGGAAUAUAUAAAUGGAAUUAGUGGCUGCACUAUCAUGCCUUCUGGGAAAAUGGUCUUCGUAGAUAAUGGAAAUAAGCGUCUUCUAAUCUACAAUGAGAACGGAUUAUUUGAUAGUGAAAUACCUAUAUCACAGCAGCCUAUAGAAGUUACUUGUAUUGAUGAAAAGACUGUCGCUGUUACCCAUAAUUGGCCACCGCAUCAUAUAGAAAUAGUCAAUAUCGAAAAUAAAAAGAUUACUAACAAGGUCAAAACAUCAAAACCGUGCUACGGCAUUACAAAUAUUAAUGGAAGAUUAGUAUAUUAUGAAAGGGGGAGUGGUAUUAAAACAGUAGACGUUACUGAUGAAAAUACCGCCAUUACAGUAGUUAAAGUCGAUAGCGACCAUUACUGGAACUAUGUUACAUCAUCAAAAGACAAGAUAUACCGUACAGACCAACAUUCAAGUACCGUCAUAUGCUCUACAGUUACCGGACAGACAGUUUGGGAAUUAAAAGACAAAUCAAUUUUUAAAGGGAUCCGUGGAGUCACAAUUGAUAAAGAUCAUAAUGUAUAUGUGGCAUCCAAUAGCAAUAACAGUGUCGUCGUACUGUCACCAGAUGGAAAGGAUGCCCGUCCAUUGUUAGGAGAAGACAAUGGGAUAAAAAUGCCUUAUGGUAUUCAUUUUGACCAAAGCAGAAACUUACUUUUAGUUACUAACUUGAGUGGUGCAGCCUUUUUGUAUAACAUAACAUAAACAUUAAAAAAUUAUUAUGGAGUACAGAAAUCAAGUUUUUAGAAACAAUAUGCACACUUAUAUACAAAUUUACAAAUGUAACAAGUGCAGUGUAGUAUUAACAUUACUAGAUAGUCAAAUAUUUACUCUGUUUAUAUUUAAUUUGUCAUUGAUUUUACUAAUUACGAAUUGAUGUUACACCAUGGUAGUUUUCAAAAAAGUAGUUGAUUGCACUAUAUGUUGUUCAUUUAGAAUAGUUAUUCUUUUGAUUUAUGUUAGUGACUAUUUUAUAAACAAGUACAAGUAUCAGCUUAUUUUAUAUAAUUAUAUAU